AUGAACUCUACUCCGAAUCUUGUGACAUCAGAACCAACUAUUGAGGGGGGGCUGACCAAUCCACAGCUGCUGAGGGAUCAAGGGGCGUCACCGUCUGUCUCGGGUCUCGGACAAUCGGUAAGGCUUGACACGCUGCAUCCAUGUUCGAGACCAACCAAAAGUAUGUACUUGGAAGGGAAGAGACCGCUAAUUCGGGCGCCUAAACUUCUUGAAGUAUGUGUUACUGUACGGGCAUAUUCCAACACGGUAGUCUUCUCAUCAAGUGAAUGCCUUGCAUCCCCCCGAUUCCAAGGCGGAAGGCGCAUUCCAAUGCCUGCUGCCGCGGUCUGGAUGAGGAAGCAUUGUUCGCUGGUUCAAGGUCUCGGUCCCUGCGCCGUGCUAUCGUCGGUCUCGACAAAGCAGAUAUGCUUUUCCAAAAGAGGCCAUGUAUCCCCAGGCCGCAGACUCCCAAAACCUUAUCGGCACGAGAAGGGGAACACAAAGCGUCAAUAUAUUCAGCUAUCCACAGCCAGACAAGCGUGCCAAUACCUCAGGAAUUUUCUUGCCGGGGCAUCUUGCAUCACUGAACCGGGAAGGUAUCUGCAUGUAGGAGGAGCUAGUCGACUCCCUACUUCUCCUUCCUCAUCCCUUGAAGCAAGGACAGGUUACAUGCUCGCAUUCUAUGUCUAUGCUGGAAUGAUUUCUCCCGAGCGGCGACUAAAAGCACGACUCGCAUCGGAUCGGCUCAUUUGUAGGCUUGCUGUCCGGCCAUGCGAGAAAUGUUUGUUUGGAUCUGAUGCCGUGGCGGCGACACCGACGAGGCAUCCAUAUCGCCAAGGGUUGCUUUCCUUGUUGCUCCGCGGGCUGAUCUAA